UCAGGUGUUUGCUUCAGAAUGUACACGGAGGAUCAGGGUCAGUCUCUGGGUCUAAGUGGUUGGGUGAAGAACACCAAACAGGGUACCGUGAUUGGACAAAUCCAGGGACCACCUGAUCAAGUCCAUGACAUGAAACUGUGGCUGACGAAUGUUGGCAGUCCGAGCUCUCGGAUCGACCGAACCGUCUUCUCCAACCAGAGAGACAUUUCUAAACUGGAGAUCCACGGCUUCUCCACCCGCUACUGA